GUCAUCAUCUGUCGACACUUCCUCCAGUAGGACCGAGUAGGACUCUCAAACGUGAUGUGUUUGUUGUUAUUGUUGUCUUGUUCCUAGUUUUGCAGAAUUGUGCUUUCCUCAGUCAGGUAUUUCCAUUUCAGAACAAAUAAUGUCAGGGCGGUUAGAGAAAUUUGAGGAGCCUUUGAAAACAGACCUUGAGGAGUUGUUGGGUCGAUUUCAACGGACAGCUUCAGUACGAUAUGAGGAAUUCUCAACCAUCUGGAAAGACAUGGACUUCGGUGAAAUAUUUCAUGGAAUCAAGAAUCUGAAAGAGAAAAAUGAUUUCAGCCGCAUGGCAUUGAAUGCGGCUACCACUUACCUCCUACCGCCAUACCCCUUUCAGAUCCGAGUUGGCGGGGUUUAUAUUCUCUACGGUCUUUAUCAUUCACAGAGCGCCUUCCCAAAGCAGAAGAUCCGUCUGGCCUUGAAAGACUGGGAGGAUGUCCAAGCAUUCACUCAAGACGCCAUGGGCUCUAAGCACUAUGAUGUGGUGUACAUCUUGCACAAAUUGCUGGGUGCAAAAGCCUUUCACUUCACCGCCAUGCCUGUUCCGCUGGUAUUUCUAAGAGAUAAGAAGCAACGUGGGGAGACGAACACUGAGGUUUUCGCUAAACCAGCAUCUCGUCCUCAGCAGCUUGUUACAACAGAAAUGUUGGAGGAGGUGGCUAACAUUAACCAGUACUACAAGGAGCUUAAGGAAUCUGUGGUUAUCCAACACCCCGAAUCCAGUCUCAACCUCGUCCGCCAGAACCUGGUUCCGAAACUGUUUAAUUCCGUGAGGUCCUUCAGAACGUGGCAGAAAAUUCACAUGAUAAAUGAGGCCAGUAAACAGCCAUCCAGGCUGAACCUUGAAGAGCCCUCCACCAGUUCCAACUUUAACCCGCGUCAGGAGAGCUCCAAGAGAGCAGACCUCCUCGCCUCCAUCAAGGCACGCUCGUACGGCCAGGUGGUGGAGGUGGCCAAGUCCCGGCGCCACAGACAGGCGGAGCUUUGCUCAGCAGCAGAGGCCGGCCCACACGAAGACCGGCGGGUUGGACAGGAGCCAGGGGUCAAGCCUAUGGCAGUUGCAAGGCAUAGAUACCGAUUCACCAAUUCGCUGAGAUACCGUACUCUACGCCGUCUCUAUGAAAAUGGAGGCAUCCCAGAGGAGUUCCUCAAGUGCACCAAGCUGUGGAAACUAAGCCAGGCUGACGGUGAAGACACCCCGGAGAGGGUCGUGAAGCGCUUCACUUGGUGACGCAACCAUGAAACAUGCUGACUGGCUUGGACCAGCUGUACUACUUGGACCGUCCUUCUCUGAAUGUCUGUCUUUAGACUCACACAAUAAUGUUCAAUAAUGUAAAUCCUUUAUCAGGUCCUAUGUUGUGGGUGUUGUUUAUGAUGGACAGUGGUUGACCCACACAUGAACAUUUGCAAGUUCUGGAAGUUCUUUGCUACCAUGGUCAUUGCUGAGAAGAUAGAUUGUUAUGACCAGAAGGAUGGGUGUUAGUUUGUGUCUAGUUUUUGGUUAAUAUAAUGGAAGAGAAUGCCGUUUUUGUUGCAGUUUCCAAAUACAUUCUAGCCAAGUUUAACAUACCGGUAAUACCAAGAGAUGUAUGUGUGAGAUGCCAUAUGACAUAGCCAAAAAGUGUUAUGCUGCAUAAUGCUGCAUGCAUAGCUUUGAGUAUGUGGUGUCAUGUCUUACAAAUGUGAAAUAAAUGUUAAAUAUUUUUUAUAUACAGUA